AGCGGCUGCGGCCAGGAGGAGCUGCCAACGCCGGAGCCGUGGUGGGCAGCGGGCCUUCUAGUCUGUGGAAUAGUGCGGUGCCUUCCAAUUAUCUAAAGGUUCUGAAGGAUGACUGACGUUGGUUUGUGUGAUGCCAAUCGGAGCCUUUGUCGCUGUGGACUGAUAAGUAACCUGCAGGUUUAACAGUACAGCGGGGGGAAAAGCAUCAGGAAUGCCACUUGCUUCAGCUCCUUAACUGGACAAAAGUACAGUGUAGCCUGUCUACGAAGGGAGAAUCUUCAACUGAUUUAUUUUUUGCAGCUAGUAACAACCUGACAUCAUCCACCUUCCUGAUUUUACAGUGCUUCACCUUCCACGACAGAUGGUGUGUCAAAAGCUGUAAGAUGCCUGCUGAACACACAAUAAUGAAGUAGUGAGCUGCUGCUGCCUAAUUGUCAGAAACACAGCUGACAGAACUGCACUACCAGUUUUCUGCUCCCUUAAUCGGUCCAGGAACAGCAGGGUGGACAUGGCUGGCCUCGUUAACAACCUGCUAAUACUGUUGCUUAUUUUUCAAAGUAGCUGUUUGGGUUUCAAAAACCCACUUUCUGUCUUUAAGAGGUAUAAAGAUACUACUAGAUCUCUUUCAAGUGAAUGCCUUGGAAACAACAGGCCAGUGACUUCUCUUGGUCUAACCGAUUUUGUAUUGGAUAUUCGCAUGCCUGGGGUGACUCCUAAGCAGUCUGAUACCUACCUCUGCAUGUCAUUACGUCUGCCAGUGGAUGAGGAAGCCUAUGUAGUUGACUUCAGGCCUCAAGCCAGCAUGGACACUGUCCAUCACAUGUUACUCUUCGGAUGUAAUGUACCUUCUUCUACUGAGAAUUACUGGGACUGUGAUGAAGGAAUAUGCACAGACAAGUCCAACAUUUUAUAUGCCUGGGCAAGAAAUGCUCCUCCCACCAGACUACCCAAAGGUGUUGGAUUCAAAGUUGGAGGAGAAACAGGUAGCAAAUAUUUUGUGCUCCAAGUACAUUAUGGGGAUGUCAGUGCAUUCAGAGAUAAACACAAGGAUUGCUCUGGUGUAACGUUACAUCUGACACAUCAAAGGCAACCUUUGAUUGCUGGCAUGUAUCUUAUGAUGUCUGUGAAUACUGUUAUACCACCAGGGGAAAAAGUGGUUGAUGCAGAUAUUGCCUGCCAUUAUCAGAAGUAUCCAAUGCACCUCUUUGCCUAUAGAGUUCAUACACACCGAUUAGGUAAGGUGGUAAGUGGAUACAGAGUGAGAAACGGUCAGUGGACCUUGAUUGGUAGACAGAGUCCGCAACUACCACAGGCCUUUUAUCCUGUGGAACACCCUGUAGACAUUAACUUUGGUGAUACUUUAGCAGCUAGGUGUGUUUUCACAGGAGAAGGUAGAACGACGGAGACACACAUAGGGGGCACAGCCAGCGACGAAAUGUGCAAUUUCUACAUUAUGUAUUACAUGGAGGCCAAACAUGCUGUUUCAUACAUGACCUGUACACAGAAUAUAAACCCAGAUAUGUUCAGAAACAUUCCACAGGAGGCAAAUAUUCCUAUUCCAGUCAAGUCUGAUAUGAUCAUGAUGACACAUGAACAUCAUCAUGAAGAAACCAAGAAAACGGGUGAUAGUUCUUCACUGAAGCAGCCAAAAAGAGAAGAGGAAGAGGUUUUGGAUCAGGGUAUGUAUAAUAAACCCUAG